AUGUUUGUUUUCUUCUUGUGCAACCUUUCCUUGGUACCAGCGGCUGCUUCAAAGAAUAAAGUCAAAGGCAGCCAAGGGCAGUUUCCACUAACACAGAAUGUAACGGUUGUUGAAGGCGGAACUGCAAUUUUGACCUGCAGGGUUGAUCAAAAUGAUAACACCUCCCUCCAGUGGUCAAAUCCAGCUCAACAGACUCUGUACUUUGAUGACAAGAAAGCUUUAAGAGACAAUAGGAUCGAGCUGGUUCGCGCUUCCUGGCAUGAAUUGAGUAUCAGCGUCAGUGAUGUGUCUCUAUCCGAUGAAGGACAGUACACCUGUUCUUUAUUUACCAUGCCUGUCAAAACUUCCAAGGCCUAUCUCACCGUUCUGGAUGUAAAAUAUUUAAAAGAAGAGGACGCAAAUCGCAAGACAUUCACUGUCAGCAGCACACUGGAUUUCCGAGUGGACCGGAGUGACGACGGAGUGGCAGUAAUCUGCAGAGUAGACCAUGAAUCCCUCAAUGCCACCCCUCAGGUAGCCAUGCAGGUGCUAGAAAUACACUAUACACCAUCAGUUAAGAUUAUACCAUCCACUCCUUUUCCACAAGAAGGACAGCCUUUAAUUUUGACUUGUGAAUCCAAAGGAAAACCACUGCCAGAACCUGUUUUGUGGACAAAGGAUGGAGGAGAAUUACCAGAUCCUGACCGAAUGGUUGUGAGUGGUAGGGAGCUAAACAUUCUUUUCCUGAACAAAACGGAUAAUGGUACAUAUCGAUGUGAAGCAACAAACACCAUUGGCCAAAGCAGUGCAGAGUAUGUUCUCAUUGUGCACGAUGUUCCCAACACUUUGCUUCCCACUACUAUCAUCCCCUCCCUUACCACUGCAACAGUCACAACCACUGUAGCCAUAACAACCAGCCCAACCACAUCUGCAACAACCAGCAGCAUCAGAGAUCCUAAUGCUCUGGCUGGCCAGACUGGCCCUGACCAUGCUCUUAUAGGAGGAAUAGUGGCUGUAGUUGUAUUUGUCACGCUGUGUUCUAUAUUUCUGCUCGGUCGAUAUCUGGCAAGACAUAAAGGAACAUAUUUAACAAAUGAAGCGAAAGGAGCUGAAGAUGCACCAGACGCUGACACAGCCAUUAUCAAUGCUGAAGGCAGCCAAGUCAAUGCUGAAGAGAAAAAAGAGUAUUUCAUUUAA